AUGGAGGGGAGAUCAGGAAAGGUCAAGGAAUCCGUAGGUCUUGACCGGGCAUGCGGGCAUGGUCCAGAUGACAUCUGCACCUUGUCGGUGCCCGUCACCAACCGGGAGUCAUCAGCUCCUAGCGUUGAUGAAGCAUAUGCGGAAGGACGUAUCCGUAGGAGACGGACUGCGGAUGUUCUAGCGGUCAAACUCGCUCUAUGGGCCGUUGAUCCCGAUGGUGGAUAUCAUUCAUCACAGCCCGCGGAUGGAUGUGCCUCUCCCCCUGACGAAGGUUUCCACACACCUUCUAGGAACGGAAAGGAAGCUGGACUGCCAUUACGCAUCCCUGGAACGAUUCUCGCGAAGUACCUUUCUUCGUACAGUACUUUGGCCAUCCACACGCAACUUUCCCAUCAUGUGUCCACUAAUGCAAGUUGGAAUCACCCAAACUGCGGCGCAUUUGUGACGAAGAUUUGA